GGCCUUCUCCCUGGAUGACAAACCCCGGCCCUUCCGGAAGGCGGAGCUCGCAGCCGGGCGUCUAAAAGGGUUGGGUGGCGGCGUUAAGGCCGGUCGGCCGGGGCUGCCCGCCCUCCUUUUUUUUUCCUCCUCCUCCUCCUCCUCCUCCCUCUUUCCCAUCCCUGCUUCCCCGCCAAGGAGCAGCCGCGGCCGCGUUAAGGGAGCUUGGGCACCAUGUCGGGGCAGAGCCUGACCGAUCGCAUCACGGCGGCGCAGCACAGCGUGACGGGCUCGGCCGUCUCCAAGACCGUCUGCAAGGCCACCACGCACGAGGUGAUGGGCCCCAAGAAGAAGCACCUCGACUAUUUAAUACUCUGUACAAAUGACAUGAACGUAAACAUCCCACAGUUGGCAGACAGCCUAUUUGAAAGGACAACCAACAGUAGCUGGGUAGUAGUCUUCAAAUCUCUCAUCACAACUCACCAUCUUAUGGUUCAUGGAAACGAGCGUUUUACCCAGUACCUGGCGUCCAGAAACACAUUGUUUAACUUGAGCAAUUUCUUGGACAAAAGUGGAUUGCAAGGAUAUGAUAUGUCCACAUUUAUUAGGAGAUAUAGCAGAUAUUUGAAUGAGAAAGCAGUUUCCUACAGACAAGUAGCUUUUGACUUUACAAAAGUAAAAAGAGGAACUGAUGGAGUCAUGAGGACAAUGAAUACUGAAAAACUGAUAAAAACUGUACCAAUUAUUCAAAACCAGAUGGAUGCACUGCUUGAUUUCAACGUCAACAGCAAUGAACUCACAAAUGGUGUAAUUAAUGCAGCCUUUAUGCUCCUUUUCAAAGAUGCCAUUAGACUUUUUGCAGCAUAUAAUGAAGGAAUUAUUAAUUUGCUGGAAAAAUACUUCGACAUGAAAAAGAAUCAAUGCAAGGAAGCCCUUGACAUAUAUAAGAAGUUUCUGACUAGAAUGGCAAGAAUUUCUGAGUUUCUCAAAGUUGCGGAGCAAGUGGGGAUAGACAGAGGAGACAUACCAGAUCUUUCUCAGGCACCAAGUAGUCUUCUGGAUGCUUUAGAACAGCACCUGGGCUCUUUGGAAGGAAAGAAAAUCAAAGAUUCCACCGCUGCUAGCAGGGCCACUACGCUUUCCAAUGCUGUUUCUUCCCUCGCAAGCACUGGCCUCUCUCUCACCAAAGUCGAUGAAAGGGAAAAACAAGCUGCACUGGAGGAAGAACAGGCCCGUUUAAAAGCUUUAAAGGAACAGCGUCUAAAAGAACUUGCAAAGAAACCUCACCCGUCUUUAACCACAGCCUCAUCCCCUGUGUCUAAUGCUGCAGGAAGUAUAAUGACCACCCCAGCUAUCGAUAUUUUUUCCACACCCAGCUCUUCAAACAGUUCAUCAAAGCUGCCAAAUGACUUGCUUGAUUUACAGCCAGCUUUUCACCCAGGUGUGCAUCCGAUAUCCUCCGCACCACAAGUGGGAGGAACCUGGGGAGAUCCUUUCGCAUCCACUCCUGAUGCCGUCGACGAUGCCAUUUCAAACUUAAAUCCUUUCCUCACAAAAUCUAGCGAUCACCUUUCUGUCUCCUCUGAUGUUCAUCCUUCUUCUUUCACUUCUAGGACACCAACUCAUGAGAUGUUUGUUGAUUCUUUUUGUGGCCCACAAGCUUAUCCUAAUGCUUCCCAUUUCUGCAAUGAACCCUCAACUGUAGCUGGUCUAUUUGGAGGGUUUACACCAUCUUCUGUUGCCCCACCGCAGCCAUCAGCAGGCCUUAACGUUGACUUUGAGUCUGUGUUUGGAAACAAAAGUUCAAAUGCAUCAGUGGAUUCUGGUGGCUUUGAUGAAUUAGGUGGUCUCCUAAAACCAACAGUGGCUUUUCAGAACCAGAAUCUUCCAUCUUGCAAAGCACCCCCCAAUAAGUUAGUAUUAGAUGACUUGGAUUCAUCUCUAGCCAACCUUGUAGGCAAUUUGGGCAUUGGAAAUGGGACAGCGAAAAAUGAUGUAAACUGGACCCAGCCAGGAGAAAAGAAAUUAACAGGCGGUUCCAACUGGCAGCCCAAAAUUGCACCCACCACUGCUUGGAAUGCUCCAACCAUGAAUGGCAUGCAUUUUCCACAAUACGCACCCCCUGUGAUGGCUUAUCCUGCUACAACGCCAACAGGAAUGAUGGGAUACGGAAUGCCAUCCCAAAUGGGAGGAGUAAUGACGCAGCCAACUUUAAUAUACAGCCAACCUGUCAUGAGACCUGCAAAUCCUUUUGGUCCUAUAUCAGGAGGACAGCUGUCUGCCGCCUCCAGCCCAUCCACUCAGAGUCCACACAGACCUUCAGGAAAGGACCCCUUUGCAGAGGUCUCCCUGCAGGAUUUCUUGUAGGAUCCUUUAGAUCCAGUUUAUGUAAUCAUGCCAGACACGGAGCGGAGCAAGAAAAAAAAUCCCAGAAAGACACAUGUGCUCAAGUGACCAACCCUUUUUUUGCAGCUCAGUCCAAACGGAAGUCUCUCCAGCUCUCCAGUAGAACAGACUCAAAUCAUGCAAAGCCCACAACGAAAUUGCGGGUCUCUCGGCCAACCUAAGGAAAUCUCAGCACCCUGCAGCGUGGUAUAAAGCCAAGAAUUGCCACAAAUUUGGUGUGGGAUCUUUUUUCUAUUCCCCCCCCCCUUCCCGCGGUAACUUAACAUGUUAGUAACUCCCAUCCCCGAUUUUAUAACUGUUGAUUGGUAACCUAUGAAAGACGCUACCUAUUCUGCUAAUUGGUGUUCUGGAAAGUGCUCUUUGGAAUGAAGAGCUGGACACCUCGUUUUUUCCUUAAUUUCAGUGGCUUUUCUCUAGAGGAUCAAAUCCUAACUCUUUUUAUUCUACAGCCUCCUCUCUCCAUUCGUCACCAACCUUAGACUCCAUGCCGAAAAGUUUUAACUUAAAAAGGAGAACAAACCCCCCCCCAACCGAAUUAUAUAUUCCGUUCGCAUAGACAUUCCUUUAUGUAUUAUUGUUUUGUAUUUAUUUAUGAUUAUCCGUUUAAAAUAACAAAUGUAUCACAAAGCCUCCUCCUCUCUGGAGAAUCGAACGCCGAUGUAUACUAUGGGUCUCCCGUUAGAGUUCGUCUCCUUUUUAUUUUUUUUUUCCAUCCACCGGAACAAUUUCUAGACAAAUCUCAAUCCACACUCCUGCCAUGCGGAAUAUUGGGCACGUUCCAAGGUCUCGAAAAAUGCCCCUUGUGGAAUACCCUCCAGGAAUUAAGAGCGAUCGACAGACGAAGCUGCCAGUUCUGCUCAAGAUUGGGGGAAGGGGGGGGGGAACAACUGACUGGUGGGAGCAUGGUAUUUUUUCGACCAGGCGUCCUCCUCGGUGCUUUGAGAAAGCUUUUCCUUGCUUUGUGCUUGGCAUGCCAUUUAUCUUACACUUGACAUAACAGCCUUUUCCAAAUGAAUGUGAGGAAUUGCUUUCACUUUCAAAGACUUUCCUUCUCUGUAUAAAAGAAAAAACAAAACAAAAGCAACCAACUACGGACAGUUCUGGUGUAUUAUGUGAGGGGGGGGGGGCAGGAAAAAAAAAAAGACGACUUCUUUUCUGUGUUUGAAUCAUGUACCAAGAAAUAGAAUGAAAAUCUCAGAAGGGAAAGUAAGGUCUUUGCUAAUGGGCAACUCAACCAUGAAGUUCUCCAGGGGAAGCUCCAUCGAAUCUUGUUUCGGGAUGGCUUCCUGGUGCCCUGGAUUCUCAGCGCAUAGGAAUCCUUUUUUGUUCUUUGGUGAAUUUGAAAACAGCACUGUGGAUCGGUGCUAUAUGUAAAUACAUCCUAUCGGUUUAGGUGGCAUUUGGGGCCUUAAAAGGAGGAUAGUCUGGGGCAUGAAAGCAAUUCUGUACAUGAAUUAAGCAUAUUUGCUGCAUUGUCUCUGCAGAUUCUAUUUUUGUUUAAAAUGUUAUAAAAAUGUAUGUUAGCAAAAAAGGUGGAUUUUCAAAUAAAGUGCAGCUUCCACAAA